AUGGAGAAUGACGAAGUGAUCAAGCAAGACUUAUACCGGGUCGGAGGAGUGUUGACCACCGCCAUUCUCGGAAAGAAGAACCCCCAUCUCUGUGGCAUGUUAAUGACAACCGCAAGCGAAGUCUUGCAACAUGCUUUUGAGCCAACGCAUUGGUUAGAGUCGUUCGGUGAUAACGAUCAAGUUGAUCAAGAUGUUUGCACUUACGCCGACGAGAAUACCGACUUCGACUCCGACUCCGACUCCGCAACCGACAUCUCGGUUUUGCCCUGCCCAACAGUCGGCGUAACUGCGCUCGCUAUCGAUUGGCAACCCGCCGAAAUCGUUGCUACCAACUUCCUCCACGCCUGGACCAAACAGGAAACUUCGGCCCCCGCCAUGUGUGAAUACACUCUCAUGAAACCACGAUCAUGGCCCCAACUUGAGAACAAGUUUACCUUUCCCGAGACGUCGGGUCAGUCACAGACCAUUGACUCAUAUUGUGCGGAUGACGAGCUCACGGCAGGGCCGUUGUCGAUCGUGAUGGAUGGGUCAACCCUUCUCGAAGCGAACCUGGUUUCUGGAGAGAAUUGUUGGAAUUUACCCACAGGCACUACCAUAAGGAUCCGCAAGAUCGAAUUGAAGGCACCCUUAGUCUACGGAACCAACGGCUUGUGGCUGGUUAGGGGAACCUCGUUCUGUGGAAUGGUCGUCGCCAGGUCUCCCGAAUGCCCAAGUGCCUAUAUCAUAACAGCCGAGCAAAUCAUCAACGGUAUGGAUAUGUCCGAUCUGAGGCCUUUUGGCUUGGAGUGCUCCCGGAAAGACGAAAGUGCAGAAAUGACUACAGCAACGGGCAUGGAGCGAAACGAGGGGAGCAGCGGCUAG